UCGUUGGAAGAAAUCCGCUAAUAGAGGGAUUUUCCUGUUUACCUGAUGAGAUUUGUAGCAUGAUAUUCAGCUACUUACACCCGAUAGACGAUAACUUAUUGAGACUAGCAUCUGUGUGUCGAAGAUGGAGGGAUAUUAUCUACAACACACCGUUAUUAUGGCAGACUGUUUCGACCAACCCUUUUGGAUCAAAACGUCUUUCAAACGCUUUGUUUUCGAGACAAGAAAACGAGCAAUACGAGCUAGAAAUGGCUCUUAAAGUUGUCAAGAUACUUCGUCGUUUCGGUCAAUUCAUCCUACGUAUUAAAACUAAGUGUAUCAGAGAGGAAAGCUUAAAAAGUGCCUCCAUAUUUAGUGUUCUUGGAGAGUUAAAGUAUCUCAAGGCCAUUAAAAUUGAUCUUCCCUGCGAAAGUGAAUUUCUCUCGUCUUUGUCAACCAGCUCUCUUUUGGAGGAAUUUUCAGCAAGAGGUGUGUGGUUCAGGCCUCAUGAAAGGCACUUUACUCGAAUUCCUGAGGAAAUUYUUCUCAAGUUUGCUGACCACUUUCCUAAUCUACGCAAGCUAGAACUUUGUGACUGUUAUUUAUCAUUUGAAUCUAUGGUUUYAGCAUUGGUAAAAUUAAAACAUUUGACUGAAAUAAAAAUCAAGUUCCGACUAGAGGGGGGUUAUUGUAAUCCUGGUGUGGACAGUGCUUUUAUUCGGACGUAUCGGCGUGUGGAGGCRGGAAAGUUCUUGACAAGUUUGGCAAAAUCAGAAUUUGCAAACAAAGUYACUGUCAUUAACCUGGAGGAUGUGCUACUGAAUGGAAAAGAAAUCAAAACUUUUAUGAAGUGUUUUACGUCACURAGGAAGUUCAAACUAGAAACCUUUAUUGAAGACAUGUUUGACUCAACCGGUAUUGAUAUUGAAUCAAGCUCACUCCAAGAACUGAAGCUCUGGGACGUUGCCAACAUCAGAUCAGUCAACAUGRUGCUUCCAAACCUCAAAAAGCUGUUCAUCUCAGACCUCCAUCUUGAUUSUUUGCAUAUUUGUGUGCCCAACUUAGAGAAUCUUCUAUUGGGACCAUUAAGGUCUUUUGAUGAACACCUAGAUGUUUUUAGUUUAGAGACUGGGAGUCUGUCUACUCUUGAAGUGACAGAUAUUGGACAGCAAAAUAGCAUUAACAUGGACACACUUGUCUCAUUGCUGAAAAAGAACCCUAAACUGAAACAUCUUAUCAUUGAAGCAGGUUUUACAACUAAUUUAACUCUGACUCGAGAACUUUGCCCUUCCUUGGCUGUGCUGACAAUAACAGGGUCAGUAAGUAACAUCAGAGCAUCGGGUGACAGUUUGCAGAGACUAGAAGUCAGUGGAGAUUGUAUUGAUUUGGAAAAUGAUGCAAGAAGGACAGUCUACUUGAGCGCUAAAGAAUGUGACUUAGUUGAUGUCUGUCGGAUGCCUAACCUUGGCUUGAUGUACCUAGAUUGUCCUAAACUGAACCUGGUUUUUAUCAGCGAUUGUGCUUACAGAUUUACCAAAUCCUCAUCAUUAACUACCAUGAUCUUAUCCGAGGGUACAACAGUGCAAACUUUGAGCAUUGACAAUAUUUGCUCUUUCGACAUACGUAGUAUGGGAAAAAACAAAAUUGGCAGACUUAAGGUUCAAAAUUGCUCACUGAAGAGUUUUCUGCCAAUUGAGCUAGAACUUAGGUCAUUAGAAAUUACAAAAUGUGUGAAUCUAAGGACUUUGAAUUUAACUAGCAUCUCGCUAGAAGAGAUUGCCAUAACAGGAUGUAGCUCUCUGGAAAGUGUUUAUCUGAACUGCCCUGCUCUCUGGAGAUUAAAAAUUGAUGAUGAUUGUGCACUAACUAAGGGAGAAAAUUUUCUUUACAUGUUACAAGAAAUUAAGAGCAAUUGUCCAAAUGUGGAAAUUGUCCAUCAAGCUUAAAUCUAAUUAUUACUAACUAUUYAUUUAAUUGAAUAGACCUCAUUAGUAUGGGCAUAAUGUUUUCCCAUUUCAGACCAUAUGCCUUUCCCUUAAGAUUCUUUGUUUAAGUCAUAUACAUAUUCAUGUGUCUUCUCAUGUACAAYUGUUAAAUAAAGCGAUGGAACUCUAGGAAAUGACAARUGGUCUGAAAUGGGAAACAUGUCCUUGAGCUUAAGAGGUUUAUCGUCCYUCCCUGUGGAGGCUAAAUCUAGCUGCAUCUUUCCAUUCUAUCCCWUUUGUAGUAUUAAGCUUGCUAUCAAGAAUUAUURAGAAUAAUUAUGAGCUACCAUUUUAAGGUAUUUUUGGAUUUCAUAGCUAAUGUUGAAGCUAAUUAAAGAUUUACCUUUGUCUUUUUUUAAAAAAGCAACCAACAUGGUAACCAAGCCUUUCGUUAUACUUGUCUAAUUUUCAAAAAUGUUGUAAUACAUGUAUUAUUAUUGCUAUUGCUUACAAGAUAUAUAUUAGGUAAAAGGUCAAAAAAUUAGAAUCAUUAAAUGAACAUACAUACAUGUGAUAUCCAUGCAUUCAUAAAAAAAUCAUAAUAAUUUUUUAU